AUGUGGAUGCGCCCUCAGUCGACGAGGUGGACAAGCUUGCGGGGGCGACCUGUACUUUUCCUUCCUGUUGUUGCACUCCUUGGAGACGAGGAGGAAACGCCUGUGCUUGUAGACUCUGCAGUAGAAAAAGUGACUGAGGUUAGUGUUGCUAAUGUCGAAGUCCCACUUGACGUAGCUCUUGUGAUUGUAGGCUGUGCAGUGGAGGAAGUGACUGAGGUUGUUGUGGAAUUCGGCAUUGCUGAGGCUGUGGAUGCACCUUCAGUCGACGAGGAGGACAAGCUUGCGGAGGCGGUAGAGGUUCCCAUUCCUUGA